AUGGCGCCAUUAUGCCUUGUAGACCUAGACCUUACGAGGAAAAUAAACAACACUUCGAGUGAAUGUUGAAAAUCCAAAAGGUAAAUAGUAAACACUUUGAGGUUUGAGUUGAUCAUGAUCGACAAGCCGGUGCCAUGCCACGCGGGCGAAUUGAGGGGCAGCCCACAGUGCACCAGCCCACAGGCAAUCAAUGCUGAAGAUUUGUUGCCAGCGCAGCAAAGGCAAAAAAAGCCGCAGGAGAAAGUCGGUCAAGAGGAGGAACGUUGA